UUAGAGGAAAUCCUCCAUUCUCACCGGUCCCAGCAUCUGGAGAGAAAAUAAAGGAAAAAAAAAUGGUAGACGCAGCGAAUCCUAUCCGGUUCGGCAUCCUCGGGUGCGCCGAGAUCGCCCGCAAGCUUUGCCGGGCCAUCACCCUCGCCCCCAACGCCACCGUCGUCGCCGUCGGCAGCCGCUCCCUCGACAAGGCCCAGCGCUUCAUCGCCGACAACGGCCUCCCGCCCGCCACCCGCGCCUACGGCUCCUACGAGGCCGUGCUCGACGACCCGGCCGUCGAUGUCGUCUACCUGCCGCUCCCCACCAGCCUCCACGAGCGCUGGGCGGUGGCCGCGGCGGAGCGCGGGAAGCACGUGCUCCUCGAGAAGCCCACGGCGCUGUGCGCUGCGGAUCUGGACCGGAUCCUGGAGGCCUGCCGGUCCCGCGGGGUGCAGUUCAUGGACUCCACCAUGUGGAUGCACCAUCCCCGGACGGCCCGGAUGAAGGAGCUCUUGUCGGAUCCCAACCGCUUCGGCCAGCUGAAAACGAUUCACACCAUCUUCACCUUUUGUGGAGACCCUGAUUUCCUUCAGAAUGACAUCCGUGUGAAGCCUGAUCUUGAUGCCCUUGGGGCUCUUGGUGAUGUUGGGUGGUACUGCAUCCGCUCAGUCCUAUGGGCUGCCGACUACGAACUGCCCAAAACUGCAAUUGCGCACCAUGGCUCUGUGAAGAAUCGAGCUGGUGUAAUCUUGUCAUGUGGGGCUACUCUUGUAUGGGAUGAUGGCAAAGUCGCGACCUUCCACUGCUCUUUCCUCUCUCAUCUGACAAUGGAAGUCUCUGUUGUGGGAACAAGAGGAACCCUUCAUUUAAGUGACUUUGUGAUUCCUUUCGAGGAAACCACUGCUAAAUUCAGGUUUGCUACAGAUUCAGGCUUUAAGGAGCUCGUCACUGGAUGGCUACCACUGCCUAGUGAGCAUGUCAUCUCAACUGACCUUCCGCAGGAAGCCCUCAUGAUCCUGGAGUUCUCAAGGUUGGCAGGAAGCAUAAGAGAUUCUGGUUGCAAGCCAGAUGAAAAAUGGCCUACCAUCACCAGAAAGACACAACUGGUGCUUGAUGCAGUAAAAGAAUCGAUUGAGAAGGGGUUUGAACCUGUUAGCAUUACUGGUUAGUGGAUAUUCCCCUCAGUUAUGCCCUAUGAUCUCAUUGUGUUGACAAGUACUCCACGAUGUUUGAAAUGCUGAUAACUUUUGUUGUGGUCUUUGCUGAAUAAAUGAAAGAUCAUGCUGAUAAAGCUGUUUGCUU